AAAGUGGGACGAAAACGGACAGACGAAUAAAAGGAAAAAAGAAGUGAUCGAGGGAAAGUAAUUGAAAAAAAAAAGGAUUGUUGGCGGAAAGGCGCGCGCGCACGCGCGCGAGAGAGAGAGAGAGAGAGUGGCACUGCAAGGACCAAAUAAAAGAGCCUCGUGACGGAGGGGCUUCGUACGGCCCUGGCGCGACUGCGGCAUUGCACCCCCACAGGGGGUUCUCUGCCAAAUACACCGAAUCCACCUUCCACCCCAGAACAUAGAAACCACGGAUGUCUGGUGGAUGGUCGCGGAUCGAGCCGUAAAAAUGGUAGUUCGAGGGGUAACGGUGGGACCGAUUCAACAACGGCCGAGUCUCAGCCGCAGUCGCAGUCGCAGUCGCAGUCGCAGUCGCAGCCGCAGUCGCAGUCGCAAUCACAGACGUCGCGUAUUUCUAAUGCCACCGCACAUCGUCACAAUGGAACAGAGAAUUCGCGCGAAACCGAUUUGUUGUCUCACGCUGCUUCAGCGUUACGGAGAUUGCACUUUAAAUCUGCAGGCGGAAGUCGAAGUUGCCGUACCGUUCCAAAAGUAGUCGUCAUGGGUUCGAGCACCGCUUCUGAAACAACGAUCAACACUAGCACUGACAGUGCUAACACGAUGCUUACGAUGGUGACGACAACGGACGGUGAACAACCAGAUGACAGCUUCGAUUUGAUGGACAUCCCGUCGGAGAUGUCGCCACCGGCUGCUACGUCGUCGACCGGUCAGUCAUCGGAACCGAUUCUACCAGCUGUAGUUUCCUCACCAUCGUCAGUCCCGCCACCUUCAUCCUCUUCGUUGAUCGACUAUUCGACCUCAGACGAGAAGGGAAAACUUAAAACGGGUUCCUCAUUAUCCACUGACGCGACAUUGAGAUCGGAACUUUCAAUCGGCUGUUUGGAUAUUCGGGCAUCCAGCGUUUCGAAUCUUCUGGACGAGACUGAUGCUCCUCCGGUCGACGCGACGCCUAUUAUCAUCCAUGGCGCCGUCAAUGACGCUGGCAAGGUUUCCGUCUCCGGAAGAACUCCUCCUCUUCCAGAUCUUCGAGCGACUGAUUUUUUCAGCACACCCGUGAGAGGUUCGGUGGAUGCUGGUCAGCCGGAGACGAACGAUGUAAAUUCGACGCUAACCUUAAUUGUGGGAAGAGCCCGUGGCGAAGAAGGAAAUCGAGAAAAUCGAGAAAAUCGAGUAGCAAACAACAUUGAUGAGAAGAAAUACGGAGAUGGAAAGCCAAAUGUGAACGUUACGACGAAUCCUUUGGACAUAUCGUUGAUAGGCGCUCGCACCGACAGAAGCAACAACGGGCAGUCUUCCGACGGUCCUGGUAGAACUAGUGCCACGAACAAACCUCGAGGGAAACCCGCUGAAUCGCAUCCCCUCGUUUCAACCAUUCAUUCAUGGGUCAGGCUCUUUUUCCCGUUUUGCGCAAUAGGUAUAAAGUUGAUUGUGCUCGAGUUGUGCUUCGAGACUCUUUAUUUUUGAUAUUGAGUGAUCACCGAACCGACUAUACGCGUACAUAUAUAUUAAAUAUGUGAACCUGUAAACUCGUUAAAAAAUCGAGUACCUGUCGGUUGUUUUUUUUGUCCAAAUCGACAUUAACGGUCGGUGGUCGCUCAGAUUUGCGCUGAUCUUGUCCACCAAACGAAUUUCGUUUUCACUCGUUUUCGUAUACCGUGUUGCAGCAUAUUCUUGUAUAUGCACUCGGAGAUCCGAAUACGAACAAUACCAGCAACUUCAUUUUUUUCCUCUUUUUAUUACUUUUUUUUUUUUUAUUCGCUACAUCUCUUCGACAUUUCUAUUUCUUGUUUACCUUUCAAAUCCUUUGUUUUUUCUUUUUCACGCUUUCUCGUUCUCUCUUUCUUUCUCCUACUCCUCGCCCUUCUCUCUCUCUCUCUCUCUCUCUCUCCUCGAUCAGAAAUGAUUGAAACGAGCAUGUACGUGUAUAAUAUAUUCGAUAAAGGUGUUUGCGUGCAUUCGAUAUUUCGACGCGUAUGGUACCGCUUUGGUUGGUACGGUAACGCUUGGUCGUGGCACACUUUUCGUAAAGGCUAGAGGAACAACUUGAUUUCAUAGAGAAUCGCGAAAAUCGACAUUGAUCUAACAGACGAAACGGAAUACUGCGAUGGCGAACGUACAAAGGAAUGUCUCGAGGAGAGGAGAAUCGUUGCUCAUUAAUAUCACACACAGUUUCGUUGCAACGCUCUGCAUUUUUUCGAAGCUUGAGAAGAUGUAGUAUGCUACCGAUAUCCAAAAGCGCAUGUUUUAUCGACUUUGCCGGUUAGCUACAAUAAUUAUAAAUAGGUGAUAACGCCUCGAUCGUUAUACUGCAAGUUUCAUCGAAUUGCCGCCCUUGAUCUCGAAAAAGCUGCAUUCACGUAUUUUCUUUCUGGUCGAGAUACUUUCUUUUCACCUUUACCGAAAAAUCGUCUACGUAUUCUUCGUUUUUCUUUCGCGCUAUUCGCAUUAUUCGCAAACUAUUCUAGACUUGUAAAUUUCUACUUUCUUUUUUCUCGCGCUUUCUCCCAUUUUCAUCUCACCUUUGAUCUUUCGACUUCUGGUGAACAACCUGUUUCGAAUUCAUUAAUCGAUUAAUCAAUAUCUUCAACGAAUCACGCGCGAGUGCGUUCGUCUAUGUGUAUGUGUUGUGUGUAGUAAGUACUUACUUACUCACUUAGUUACUUCUGUCUAUCAAUUUGUCCAUUCAUUUGUCUGCGUGCCUGUAAAACAAUCUGUCGGUGUCUAAAAAUAUGCGAGUUUCUGAAAUAUUAACGACGAAACGAAGAGAAAAAUCAACGCAGGCAAAGGCAAAAGAAACCGGGGAAAUAUUGCUUGUAUAUUCGUGUACAUUACAAUAGUUGAGAAACAUUCUUCGAUAUAACUUUAAAAAUCGUUUAUAUAUCCAUUGCGAAUUGCGGGCGGCAAUUCUGCUUGCACGCGUAUGUAUCCCACGCGUAAGCUUAACACCUUAACAAAAAAAAAAAAAAAAAAAAAAAAAAAAAAAAGACUCUCCCGGCAUCGCACGUUUUUCGGUCGUCGCGAAUAAUCCCAUUUGCGUCAAAUCAUC